GGCUGAGAUACGCUAGGAAGAAACUCGAGACAAAACGCAGAAAAACGGGAAAGAGGGAGAGACAGAGUGAAAGGGACGGAAGGAGUGGAGAAUAUCGUGCUUCCCGGGGCAUUGAUGGAACUACAGGAUAUAUAACCGUUCGCCCGGGUCGCGCGCAGACACCGUAUUCCAUGCCUUUCCUUUGUCGGUGCCUCGUCAUUGAUGGGCAACCACCUGGAUCGGAUAACCCACCUCAGCUACAGCGAGCUGCCCACCGGAGAUCCUUCCGGCCUGGAGAAGGAGGAGCUAAGGGUCGGCGUGGCUUACUUCUUCUCCGACGAAGAGGAGGAGGUGGACGACGGAGGAGGAGGUGUGGGCUACACCAUAACCCCCUGCCCCAGUCACGAGAGCCCCGGAGCGGCCCGAGAGCUGGAGUACUCAGCCUUCUGUUCCCAGGAAUGCAUCUUCUCCAAGCUGCGCGAAAACCAGGACUUGACCGUGUACUCGGCCAAAACGCUCCUCUCCAUGUGCAGACCCGGAGACCUCGUGGAGAUACUGUCCAGCGCUCAGGCGCCUCACUGGGCUGUGUAUGAGCAUGACAACCAGGUCAUCCACCUCCACCAGGGCCAGAUACGCAAAGACAGGCUUACGGAUAUCGGACAGGGACGGCACGGACGCAUCGUCAACAGCCGCUAUCGCUAUCGACCGCUGCCCGCCGACCUGGUGGUGCAGAACGCCGCCGGUCACCUGGGCCUGAACAGCGGGGACAUCUGCUGGACCAACUCGGAGAGUUUCGCAGCCUGGUGCCGCUUCGGCAAGCGGGAGUUCAAGGCGGACGGCGAGGCCCACUCGGCGGAGCAGCAGUACUUCCUCAAAGUGCACCUUGGCGCUGAGGCUCGGAGCGGUGGCGGGCACACGCUGGUGUUCCGCAGCCUGGAGGACAUGAUCAGGGAGCGGAGGCGCGUCGACGCCAGCGGGAUCCUAACGGAGUUGUCUUUAGGGGUCAGCGGCGACAAAGAGUGAUUCCGAUUCGGCGUUCCUCUUGGAGCGACGUGACUCUCCACCACCUCCUCACCUCCAGCCACCCUCCCCGUGAUAAAGAUGUGGAGACAGACACACAUAUACUGAGUGGGAGAGUGGGGCGGGGGGGGGGGGGGGCCGAGAGGAGGGACCUGUUGUGUGCAGUCUGGCUUCUGUGGACAGACGGAUGGGAGGUGCGUCAGAACCCCUGCAGGAAAGGCUGUGAUUACACUGCAGCAGAGACAGAGGGAUCUGAACGACCAAUCAGAAGGGAGGCUCACGGAAACGUGGACAGCUGCUCUUGUUUGUCGGAGCACCGCUCCCAUCACCCUGUACCUUUAAAAGCCACACAGCACGACUCAAAUCUUUUUUUUUUUAAGGAUAAUGGAAUUCUCCCUCCGCUCUCUAUCACUCUCUCUGCAAAGGGGGAGGUUGCUGCGGCAGUCUACACCCAGAGGAAGGGGAGAGGGUGAGAGAGCAACGAAGUGAGAGAGGGAGAGAGAGAGAAAGAGGGGGAGACAAGGAGAGAUGCUUGUUGGAUGGCCUCAGAGAGUCCGUGUUCUAUUUUUUUACUCCUAGCUCCCACAUUACCUAAGAUAACCCUGGGACCGAAAAAACACACGGCUCCAGCCGCCUACACACCUAUUCAUGUUGUAGUCUGACAGACAGACAGACAGACAGAUCCCACACAAAGCAUCUGGCUGGUUGAAGCCCUCAUCUCCAAAUGUUGAUAUUAUGUUUUUUCCGUCCUGGGGUUGGAGGUGUACUCAUACGUUGUUUUGUAUUUGAGUGGGCUGACAUUUCUCCCUGGUUGAUUUUUCUGUUCUAAUAAACAGGAAGUUGCAAUAUGAAA